AUGAGCCGGGAGCCAGGAGACCUGCCGGGCAAGGCUGAGUGGCCGCUCUCCGCUCAGGGAGCGCCUCAGGUCGAGCCUUUCCCCGAUCCCAGGGGAACAGGUCCGUUUCGGCGGCGUACCCCGAACGCAGAGCGGCGAAGGAGCUCUGGUGGAGAACGAGGCGACUCACUCGAUAAGCGGUCACGAUCGCCGGUCGUCGCGCGGCUGGCGGGCGGCAGCGCGCUGCUGGCCGGCGUCGCCGCGGCGUUGAUCGUGACGGCCGCCGCCGUCGGCCCGUAUGCCAUACCCCUCUCCCACACCGCCGGCAUCCUGCUGGAGCAGCUCGGGGUCCGCAUCCUGGAGGCCACCGACGCCGAGCGCGGCCAUCGUCGAGACGAUCAGUGUCGCGCAUCACCCUGGCGCUGA